AUGGGAAAAUUCGGAGUCCUAGUGGUCCUAUUUUUGGCUAUUCUGGUGUCACGGUUGUGGCCAGACCACAAAGUCCACUUUGACAGCGCAUGGAAGGCCGUUCGACUGCUCGUUCUCGAUGGGAUGAAUGCUCUUAUCGACGCCAAUUCGCUGCUCUUGGCGCCUCUGUUUCGCCUCUUCCGUCUCAAGUCGGUCGACUCCGCGUCAACUGACAAGAACGAUGGUCCGUUCAAGCCGCCUCGGUGUCUUAGAAACCCCACUGCUCCUGAACGCUUAGAGAAGCACAAGCAUCUUGCAAUUCUGGGACACGUCUUUGACGUCAGUUCAAACCAGCAGAUCUAUGGUUCGGAUGGAAUCUACGCUCUUCUUACUGGUCGUGACGCGACUCGAAUGCUUGUCUCGGUGGGCAUGAAGGACCCCGGGUCAGAGGCCUACGCUCUAGACGGUCUCACGUCUGCCCAGCUCUAUGAAUUGGGUGAUUGGCUCAAACUCUACACCCGAAAGUAUCCCUGUGUGGGCUACAUUCCCAGCGUCUACCGCUCACCCAUGGGAGACGCCUCGGAUCUCCUUAUUGAACUCUUUAAGGCAUGGAAUAAACAACCUCCUGAGAUUUUGGAAUUUUCCAAACUCCUUCCCCCUUGUAAUUCGUUUUUCGAUGGGAAAAUGCUUCGGCUAACUUGUAAUUUCUACAGCAGCGACACCUCGGAGGAGUCGUAUCCACGUCAACUACUAGAGCCAGAGAAAGCGAAAAUGCGGUGCGCCUGCGUUCCCAGGUCACACCUAACGCAUCCCCGUCUACGGCUCUACCCUGGUUGUUCUGCCAUUGCCGAUCACUGUCUCAUAAAAAUCGACGAUGCUGAAAAUGUUUGGACCAGUAGACUGGCCUCUACUGAAGCAAUCUAA